CAGAACUGUCCUUACACACCUAUCGUCACAGCAAUGAGUUCAUGUUUUUUCAGAGAUUUCUGGCCUGUAACUCAAAUUGUUUCUCGUUCUUACCCCCAACAACAAAAGCCGCAAUCACCUCAUCAUCAUCAUCAUCAUCAUCUAUUAGUGAAGAUUAUCACCCCCAGACAUCCCACUACUUGAAAUUUUCUACUAGUAGAUUCAUCUACAAGAAGAUCUUCGAAAAUGCCAGCCGGAUUUGGAAUCAACGGAUUUGGCCGUAUUGGUCGCUUGGUCUUUCGUGCCGCCAUGGAGAAUCCGGAAAUUGAUGUGAAAGCCAUCAAUGACCCCUUCAUGGACUUGGAGUACAUGGUAAGUUAAACUAAGGGUUCUAGUCCUUGGCGUUUCCUGUUCAGCUAAUCUCGAGUACAACAAGAAAAUGGAAGUCUAAGCAUCCAUACAUCACCAUCAUUGAUGUAACAUUGUUGUCACCGCCGUCAUCUUCAUCAAUUCCAAUACGAUCCCAGGUCUACCAAUUGAAGUACGACUCCGUGCACAAGCGGUUCCCGGGAACGAUCGCUACCAAGGCUGACGGUGGCAAGGAGUACCUUGUCGUGAAUGGAAAGGCAGUGCGCGUCUUCCACGAAAAGGAGCCCUCCAGCAUCGGUUGGGGAGAGGAAGGCGCUGACUACGUCUGCGAAUCGACUGGUGUCUUCCUGGAAACAGCCAAGGCUGAACUGCACAUGAAAGUUAUGACUCGGGUUUCUUGUUCGACUUCGACUAGGUGUAAGAUCUUAACCACAACAAAUACAACAUGUUUUUUCAGUAAAGGAGAUAAGAUGAUUAUGGCGAAUUAUACGUAUUAUGUGGAAGACUGAACAGAAGUUACAAGAAAACUAGGUCUUCCUCUCCACCACAUCUCGGAGUAGUCGCUUGUUCCCUUGUAUCAUCUAGUCGCAUUGCUCUCUCUCUCUCACUCUCUAUCUCCCACUCUCUUUUUCUCUCUCUCCCUCUCUUGUUCCGCCUUUUCCCCCUCCUCCUCUCCAUCCUUCAUCUUCCGCGGUUGCAAGAAGGUUAUUAUGUCCGCUCCUCCGAAGGAUAGCACGCCGAUCUUCGUCAUGGGCGUCAACGAGGAUGCCUACACUUCCGACAAGCACGUUGUCUCCAAUGCUUCUUUUAUGGCCUGGUGGUUUCGAAAAAAAGUUACCUUAUUUGAUAAAGAAUUCUAUGUUUUUCGUCUACUUCAUUAUGGAGAAGUCCGAGUAUAUCUAUCAUGAAGAUUCAUGGAGCUCUGGUUGAUGUUGAUCGUAUUAAAGACUUGGAGAAAACAAAAAUUCAAAUUCUCAGCCACAACAAGUCACUGGAUUUUUGAUAGCUCCAAACACACAUUUCUUCUAAUUCUCGCACCACGAACUGCCUCGCUCCCUUGGCCAAGGUCGUGCAUGAGAAGUUCGGCAUCGCUGAAGGUCUCAUGACCACUGUCCACGCCAUGACGGCCACGCAAUUGGUCGUCGAUGGCCCAAGCCGUGGUGGAAAGGACUGGCGUGGCGGUCGUUGCGCCUCCCAGAAUAUCAUCCCGGCUGCCACUGGAGCUGCCAAAGCAGUCGGAAAGGUCAUCCCGGAACUGAACGGAAAAUUGACAGGUAGAAGUCUUCAUGUUUUGGGUCUAGUUGGUUGGUGUUUAUGAGGUUAAUGACAGUCAUCCUGUUUCUGUUACUUUACCGUUAAUAUUUAGAAGUUUUUGCGAGCAAGUAAAGAGAGCAGCCGUCGGAUGAAAAGUGUAAAAUCAAAAUCUAAAUCGUACUUCUCUUAACAAAAGAUUUGAUAUCGUGUUUACAAGUUCAACAAGUUCUACAUUUAUACCCACAGCGAAGUUGUUGUUGCAUUACCCUUCUUCAUCUUCUUCUUCACAACUAUUUCGUCCCGCAACAACAUCAAUCACGACCUUCUCCAGGUAUGGCCUUCCGCGUGCCGACUCCGGACGUGUCUGUUGUCGACUUGACGUGCAAGCUGUCCAAGCCAGCCUCCAUGGCUGACAUUGUCGCUGCCUGCAAAGAAGCGGCUGCCGGCAAGAUGAAGGGCAUCUUGGAUGUAACCGAAGACGAGGUGGUCUCCACGGACUUUGUUGGGCACAAGGCCUCCUCCAUCUUGGACGUGAAGGCUGGCAUCCAGCUCAACGAGACCUUCGUCAAGCUGGUGUCCUGGUACGACAACGAGUGGGGAUACUCCAACCGAUUGGUCGACUUGGCCAUUCACAUGAGCAAGACGGACUCCAUGUAA